AUGACUCAGUCAAGUGCUCCGACCUUCAAACCUUCACCUCUGUCGUUUGGAGGCCCAAGGGCAUCUCCCUUCCGGCGGCCAUCUACGCCAAACUCUCCGCCCAAUGCGCCUCGCACAGGCGGGACUCCAGGGAGCUCUCCUACUCGAGGUUUCACGCCCAUGCAAUCACCGAGCAAAUUGAAUCAGACCUACACAGCUGAAGAGGACAAUAAUGCAGUAGCUUCUCAGAAAAGCGAACCGAUUCCUCAGCCCAAUUUCACACGCGAGCUGCCUUCGUCGCCGACGAAAGGAGCUCGAUCGCCCACACACCAAGUGCCGAUUCUCAGAAGCCAAGCCAUUACCACAACAACUGUGAAUGGGGCAAGCGCUGAUGCUGCCUCAAAACUUCCUGCAAACCAAGUGCGGGAGAUCAGAGAAGCGUUCCAAGUCCUGGAUCGGGAUAAUGAUGGUCUGGUCAACAACGAUGACGUCGCAGAUGUUCUGUCUAGUAUAGGUCAAGACGCAUCGCCGUCGACGCUUUCUCGCUUCUUCCCAGAUCCGUCCGCGCAGAGCAUCAAUUUUCCCACCUUUCUGAACACGCUCUCCCAGCUGAUGUCACCAAUGUCAUCAUCUCAAGAAUUAAUCAACGCCUUAGCUGCAUUCGACGACGACGAUAAUGGCCAGAUUGACGUCGCAGAAUUACGCGAUGCCCUCUUACAUACUCUCCCCGAGGAUGGCGAGGCCUCUCUGACGAGACAACAAAUCGACGACGUAUUGACCGGGUUCACUGGUCGUCGAGCAUUCGGUGGGCGAAAUGCCAAGGCAGGAACUGUGAAACGGGGCGAGGUGUUCCAUUAUCAUGAUUUUGUUCGCAAUGCUGUGGGUGGAGGCGAAAACGGCAACAGCGCGCGUGGAGAGACGAAAACUGUCGGUGCUUAA